UCCCGCCAUAUAUCUAUAUCUAUCUAUCUAGCUCCACUCCAAUUUGGACUCUUGCGCGCAAAGUCCUCACAGUUCACCGAUUUUCUCCUCCUCGCACACCGAGACAGGUCGGAGAAAGAAUAGGCGAAGGAAAUUUCCGUCGUCGUCGUCGGAGAAGAUGAGGAGCGGCGAGGGGAGCACCGCGGCGGCGGCGGCGGCGGAGGAGGAGAAGGUGAAGGUGGCGGCGCCGUUCAGGCUGGCGGAGCUGGGGCUCCGGGUGUGCGCGGUGCCGCUCGCCGUGGCGUCGGUGUGGGAGAUGGCCACCAACAAGCAGGUGGACGAGACCUACGGGGAGGUCAGGUUCUCCGACCUCUCCGGCUUCAGGUAUUUGGUCUGGAUCAACGCCAUCACGGCUGCCUACUCGGUGGCCUCCAUCCUGCUGUCAUCCUGCAGGUUCAUCACUCGCUUUGAUUGGCUCAUUUUCCUCCUGGAUCAGGCGUCGGCGUACCUGCUGCUGACGUCGGCGUCGGCGGCGGCGGAGGUGGUGUACCUGGCGCGGGAGGGCGACCGGGAGGUGUCGUGGGGGGAGGUGUGCUCCUACUUCGGCCGCUUCUGCGGCGCCGCCACCGUGUCCGUGGCGCUCAACGCCGCCGCCCUCCUCUGCUUCAUGGCGCUCUCCCUCAUCUCCGCCUUCAGGGUCUUCACCAAGUUCAACCCACCAUCUCAAUCCAACUCCAAGCAGCAGCUGUCGCAGGAGCAAGGCAAGCCUGUAGUUUCAGGCUAGUUAGUGGCUCUCCCAAGUCUGAACUUUCAGUUAGAUGGUACUUUUACUGUGUUCAGCUGUUUACGGUGUGUUCAGGUCUUGCUUUGUGUAGAUGUCACUACACUCUAAUGCGUGUUGUCUGAAAAGAAAAAAUGGUUGUGUAGAUGUAACCUGUAUAAGUGCUCAAAAUACCAUGAACUAGAAUUACUAUACAUUUACAAUUUUAUUUAGAUGUACUGUAUGUAUGUAUACUUGAAGCUGAUCUUCAGAGUUCAGACUCGGGGUCGAUACUGAAGUGUGAAAAAACUGAACUACUAUUCUCUUUCAGAAA